AUGUCCCUCUCAACCCCCUCCACCCCGCUCAAAGCCACCUCCAUCGGCUGGCUCCUCAUCUCCGUAGCCCAUACUAUCUCAGCACGGGACUGGCAAUCCCUCCCUCAGUUCCGCCACCUGCCUAAUCUAGCCUACACCUGCGCCAAGGCAGGCUGGUACCAGGGUAGUGCCUUUUUCCUCAUGACUGCGAUGAUCAAUUACAACUGGGCGCAGAAUCCGGCGCUGUUGGCGGAGCCCGUCAACAAGGGGAUUGCGGCGUUGAUGACGGCGAUUGUGUGGGUGAGUGCUGGGUGGUAUUUCAAGAAGGGGGUCAAGGCGAAUGGGGUGGUUGUUGCGGCUAUGGGGGCGUUGCAGGCUUGGGCUGCUUUUUGGUAG